AUGGAGUCUGUACCAUAUGCUAAUGCUGUAGGAUCUGUUAUGUAUGCAAUGAUUAGUACUAGGCCUGAUUUGUCAUUUGCCAUAUCCAUGUUAAGUAGAUUUAUGUCCAAUCCAGGGGCUGAACAUUGGACUACUUUAAAAUGGGUGAUUAAAUACAUUAACAGUACAUUGUGGUUUGGAUUAGAAUAUGGAAAAAGGGAUAUUUCACUUGAUUUGAUUGGUUUUGUAGAUUCUGACUUUGCAGGUGAUAAAGACACAAAGAAAUCCACCACUUCUUAUUACUUUACCCUUGGAGGAAACUACAUAAGUUGGAAAUCACAACUACAACCCAUUGUGGAUCUCUCAUCGACAGAAGCCAAGUACAUUGCAGUUGCAGAUAUAUUCAAGGAGGCAGUAUGGUUAAAGGAACCCUAUCAGAGGCAAAUUUGA